AUGGGAUCGUCUCAGCAAGAACAGGCGGAGAGUCCAAAGACAGAGGAGGACAAGGUGCAGCAGCCUGGCGCUACUGCUCAGACAGAUGGCGACGAUGAGCCGGAUGAGUGGGACAAGCGAAUUUUUAGCACCGGAUGCUCUGAGGAGAAUGCCAAGAUGACGGAUUGCUACUUUGAGAAGAAGGAUUGGAGAGCGUGUACCUCCGAAAUGCAGCAGUUCAAAGAGUGCUGGAAGCGGCACGGAAACGAAGAGCGAACAUCUACCAAGGAUGCAUAG